GCAGACCAUCGGUUUUGGCAGUUAGGACGCUCGGACUUUUAAUCUGGCAAAAUGGUAGUUACGUGUGAGAUCAGCUUCGAUAAUAACGUACACGGUACUUUCUACGCCGGUCAACUCGUCAACGGCUGCGUGACCCUAAAAUGCGACAAAUCCAAGGAUGUUCAAGCUGUUCUACUUAAGGUUGUGGGCUAUUCUAUAACCAAGUGGAGCGAGAAGAGUCUGGGAUCGACGAAACUAUAUGCGGGCCGUGAGGAUUAUCUGGCAUCCAACACUUAUCUGUUGGGUUCCGAGCAAAACAACGUCAGACUCACCAUUCAGGCUGGGGUGCACAACUACAACUUUGCCUGCCAACUGCCCUACCAGUGUCCUUCGUCCUUCGAGGGCCGCCAUGGAUGCAUUCGCUACAUAGUCAAGGUCCUGCUGAUUAGGCCGUGGAAGUUCGAUCAGGCUUAUACAAAGGGCUUCACGGUUCUCAAGAUGCUGGAUCUCAACUUUGACACGCCACAACUUAGGUCCGCCGCCCACAGCGAGGGAUACCGCACCUUCUGCUGCGGUCCCUGCAAGACGGAUCCCCUAAAGCUGGAGCUGCACCUCCCGCAGGCGGGCUACGUGCCCGGCCAGAAGAUUCCGGUGACCGUGGUGGUGGUGAACAACAGCUCUGUGGCGGUCUCCGAGCUGCGGCUCUCGCUCGUGAUGCUGGUGCGGUACUACAGCGUCAGUCCGGAGCACUCCCGCGUGGAGCGGAUCAUCAUUUCGCGAGCCAAGGGAGAUGCGGUGCUGAAGCAGUGCACCCGAUCCCUGACCAUCGACCUGCCCGUGCCCUCCACUCCGCCCACCUGCGUGGAGCUGAGCAACCUCAUCCAGAUCGCCUACCAAGUGGAGGUCGAGGCGCUGGUGAAGAGUCUCCGCGAACAGCAGCUGAUGGUCAUGCCGGUCACCAUUGGAACGAUUCCUCUGGCGGUUUCCGGAAUUGUGGUCCAACAGCCUCCUCGGCGUAGUGCCCACUAUGAAGGUCCCCAAUCCAGAAGGGAUCCUCCUGAUGAGCUGCCCAUGGUGACUGCUCUUGGUGACUUGCCCAACGACUUGACGCCCAGUUCAGCUGAUUCAGCACCUCCAAAAUAUGAGGAGUCGCGGCACACCCAGAAGGGCAACAUCAACGAGGAGGAGCUCUACGCCUUUGGGGUCAACGAGUUUGCUCCCCUUUAUCCCGUAUAUAGCAUACCCAGUCCAACACCCGUGCUUUCCGCAAAUACUAGGAAUGCGGGAUUCGUCAACCAAAGUUUUGUCAAAUAGUGCACUCCUUAUUUGGCAUAUUUUAAAGUUUGUUAUUAUUAAAUGCGAUAAACGAGAAUUGUUACUUUAAAUUAAAGUAAGAUGUAGUAAAUGUAACCAACAUGUUUUGAUAACAAUCAACUUGACAAAUAUACUUGUAAACACAAA